AUGACUCCGCGCAGCGCAGCGCCCCAAGCGGCGCAGAGCUACAGCUCCAGGCUGGGGGCGCACAGGAAAACCGGGGAGGCCGCUGAGCUGCGUAAGACCCUCAAGCCCCUGAUGGAGAAGCGCAGACGAGCCCGCAUCAACGAUAGCCUGAACCAGCUGAAAACCCUCAUCCUGCCGCUCAUCGGCAAAGACAGCUCGCGCUAUUCCAAGCUAGAGAAGGCGGAUAUUCUGGAGAUGACCGUGCAGUUCCUCAGGGAGAUCCCCGCCCCCUGCCCCCCCGCCCCAGACCCCGCCGAGAGUUACCGGGAAGGAUACCGAGCCUGCCUGUCCCGCCUCACCAGCCUGCUGGCAAAGUCCCACCUCCUGGGUAGAGACUCAUGCAGCCACCUGCUGGAGCACCUGCAAAGGACCAGCAUUGAGCCCAGCAGCUGCCAGGACUGCAGCAGCCCCACAGACUCAUGCCCAGCCUGGCGGAGGGCAGUGCCAGCCAGCCCGGCUAGGGGGCUGCGGGAGGUCUCGCCCCCUCACUCCCGAGCUGCAAAUCCAGGCAUCUGGAGGCCCUGGUAG